AUGUUUUGGAGUAUGCAUGUUUUAGAGUAUGCAUCAAAAGAAUCUAGACCUAGUACUAACUCAAAUGAAUCUUAUGAUGGCUAUGGUUAUGUCAUGUCUGAUUAUAGUGGAACUAGAUAUGGAGCUCAAGAUGAUGAAACAGAUUAUGGACCUACUAGUUGGGUUAAUCCUAACUAUCCCAUAUAUGGGAGGACAGUAGGGAGCUCAAGAGAGACAUAUGUGCACCAUGUUCAAACAUGGCUUACAAACUACUCGGGUUACAUGACUUGGUAUGAUUAUUGUAUGAAUCUAGAUGGUUAUUCCACAUUGUUUGAACCUCAUAGGAGCUAUUCAUUUAUGUAG